UCUUGUCCCCACGGUGAUGCACCAUGCCAAUAGUCGAUAAGUUGAAGGAAGCCCUGAAACCCGGCCGCAAGGACUCAGCUGACGAUGGAGAGCUGGGGAAGCUCCUGGCCUCCUCUGCCAAGAAAGUCCUUCUACAGAAGAUUGAGUUCGAGCCAGCCAGCAAGAGUUUCUCCUAUCAGCUGGAGUCCUUAAAGAGCAAAUAUGUCUUGCUGAACCCUAAAACGGAGGGAGCCGGUCGCCACAGGAGUGGAGAUGAGCCUCAGGCCAGGAGACAGGGCAGCGAGCACGCGUACGAGAGCUGUGGGGACGGUGUCCCCGCCCCACAGAAAGUGCUCUUCCCCACCGAGCGGCUGUCUCUAAAGUGGGAGCGGGUUUACCGCGUGGGAGCGGGGCUCCACAACCUCGGCAACACCUGCUUCUUGAACUCGACCGUACAGUGCUUGACCUACACCCCGCCUCUGGCCAACUACCUGCUCUCCAAGGAGCAUGCUCGCAACUGUCACCAAGGCAGCUUCUGCAUGCUGUGCGUCAUGCAGAACCACAUUGUGCAGGCCUUCGCCAACAGCGGCAACGCCAUCAAGCCCGUCUCCUUCAUCCGAGACCUGAAAAAGAUUGCCCGGCAUUUCCGCUUUGGGAACCAGGAGGAUGCACACGAAUUUCUGCGGUACACCAUCGACGCCAUGCAGAAGGCCUGUUUGAAUGGCUGUGCCAAGUUGGAUCGUCAGACGCAGGCAACCACCCUGGUCCAUCAGAUUUUUGGAGGCUAUCUCAGAUCGCGAGUGAAAUGCUCGGUGUGCAAAAGCGUCUCAGACACGUACGACCCCUACUUGGACGUAGCGCUGGAGAUCCGGCAAGCCGCUAAUAUCGUGCGCGCUCUGGAGCUUUUUGUGAAGCCAGAUGUCCUGAGUGGAGAGAACGCCUAUAUGUGUGCAAAAUGCAAGAAGAAGGUUCCGGCCAGCAAGCGCUUCACCAUCCACAGAACGUCCAACGUCUUAACCCUCUCCCUCAAACGCUUUGCCAACUUCAGUGGGGGAAAGAUCACGAAGGAUGUAGGCUACCCGGAAUUCCUGAACCUCCGUCCGUACAUGUCCCAGAGCAGCGGCGAGCCCGUCAUGUAUGGGCUGUACGCGGUCCUCGUGCACUCUGGCUACAGCUGCCACGCGGGCCACUACUACUGCUACGUGAAGGCAAGCAACGGACAGUGGUACCAGAUGAACGAUUCCUCGGUCCGUUCCAGCAACAUCAAGGUGGUUCUGAACCAGCAGGCCUACGUGCUCUUCUAUAUGCAAAUCCCGGGCUCUAAGAAGAGUCCUGACGGCUCCCUCCCCAGGACGGCGUCCUCCGCUCCCGGCCGGGCAGGUGUGGUCGCCGACCGCUUCAGGAAGAAUGUCGGCAACGGGACUCUUUGCUCCCCGCUGACCGGAAAGCGACUGGACCCCGCGACGCUGAAGAAGCUGCAGGCCACUGAGGAGCUCGGCGUGCUUGUUUCCAGAAACGGCUCCGUGUUGGGUCUGAAGUCUCAGAAUGGAUACGUUCCUCCAAAGCCGCCCUUGGGGUCCCCUUCCCCCCGACUCUCCAAAACGCCCCCCAACACUCCGACCAUUCUGGAUGAGCCCGGAAAGAAAGUCAAGAAGCCGACUCCCCUGCACUUCGUGUCCCCGUCACGCAGAGCUUCUCAGGGGCUCCACGGUACCAGCACCGGGAGCGGCGGCAGGGGCGAGGGCCACAGGCCCGGCUCCUGGGACGGCAGGGCUGCUGCCCCCUCUACCUCACCGAGGCUCCCGGCCGGAGUGACUGCCAGCGGGCCCGCGGCGGGCAGCGAGCGUCCCGAGCCCGACAGGAGGGGUUCCGGUGGUCCCAGCCCGGAGCACUCCGCCAGCAGCGACCCCACCAAGGCCCCCCCAACGCCCGAGAGCGGAGCCGCCCCCUCGGGUGAUUCUCAGGGAACAAACCCCAGAGCGCUGCCGGGCGGAGAGGACUCCAAGGCGGCGAAGCCCAAGCCCCCCGUCCUGAGCACCACCGCCACUGAGCCCGCAAGCAUCAUGUCUCCUCCACCAGCCAAAAAACUGGCCCUUUCUGCCAAGAAGGCCAGCACCCUGCGGAGGGCAGCCGGCAAUGACCUCCGUCCACCCCUCUCACCAUUGUCCGACCUCACCUACCCCAGGAAAGCCACUCACCCGGUCUCCGCCUCCGCCUGGCCUGUCGGUGCCAUCAGGGCGCUCUCACCUGCUCCCAGACCAUCCAGCCGUCCGAAGCUCCCCGUCGGCCCCUGCUCGUCACUGUCCAGUAGCCCCCGACCCCUCGGGACGUCAGACCCACAGAGCUGCUCCUCCGCCUCUGCUCCCCUGCCUCAGGUCAACGGGGGCUUCCGGGCCCCUCCACACCAGCUGCCGGAGGCCAGCAAGCCCCCCCGGAGCCUCUGUAAGAAGAGGAAGAGGAACCGGAGGGGAGAGACGCAGGGGCGGGGCUCAGAGACGUGCGCCGCGGCCGCAGCCCCUCCCGGGAAGAGGAGAAAGAAGAAGGGGAAACGCGCGGAGGCCGUGGACGCCUCCCCUCUGCAGGAGGGGCAGGUGCAGAGGCAGCACCGGGGCCUCGAGCGCAGGAAGGAGGGCCGGGCGGAGGUGCCCGUGGACCGCCUGGAGGAGGAGGGCGGACGGCAGCAAAAGAACGGCCAGCAAGCGGGGCGCGUGGCCGACAGCCACCACGUGAGCAGCAGAAAGAGGAGGCGGGAGGGAGCCGAGGGCCUCGGCGCCGAAGACGGCCUCCCGCAGGACCCACCGUGGCACAGCAGCUGUUCUCUCUUGGAUGUCACCGAGUCAGAGGCCAGUGCAGCAUCUCCAAGGAAAAAGGAAAAGAAAAGAAGGCAGCAGGAGUCACGGCAGGAAGUACAAGAGAACGAGCUCCCCGCAGCCUGUAGGGGCGAGACGCAGAGGGGCCCUGCCGUCCCUGGGAGCCAGCCCUCACCGGCCGUGAACGGCAGGCGGCCCGGGGACCGAGCAGGGCAGGCACGGGCUCCUCGCGUGUCCUGGGUCCGAGACGGGGAGGCCGACGUGCUCCAGGAGCUGCUUGAGUAUUCCUCAGAUAAAGCCUACGGGAGGAAAGUGUUGACGUGGGACGGCGAGGUGUCGGCCGUCAGUCAGGACGCCAUUCAGGACAGCAGAUGGGCCCGCGCGGCCACGGUGAUCGACGACUGGGACGAAGAGUUCGAUCGAGGGAAGGAAAAGAAAGUGAAAAAGUUCAAGAAAGAGAAGAAAAGAACCUUCAACGCCUUCCAGAAACUUCAAAGUAGACGGAACUUUUGGUCUGUGACUCACCCAGCUAAGGCUACCAGCCUCAGUUACCGCCGCUGAGUUUGCUGCUGUCGAGAUGGCCUCCAGAGAUGAGGUGUCCUUCCUGGGUCCUGUCCGUCUGAGCUGAGAGCAGCCCCGCCGAGGACUUUGUGCCCCGUGGCCACCAGGCCGGCGCCGCGAGCCCGCCGCAGGAGGACGGCCCACGGAGGCCCUGGGCUUCUUUGGAUCGGGACCUCUGGUGUCACGGCGUGAGCCGCACGGUGAUGCGCAGAGCGGGUGGCAGCACGCCGGGCCGGCAGUGCGUGUGGCCUGCGGGGGGCGCGGGGGAGGACGGCGGCCGCACCCCUCCCGGCGCAUCCUCGGGCGAGAGGGCGAGAUGUCCGUCCCUUGCUGCUGGCGGCCAGCGCCGCCGUCUGGUCCCAGCCUCCCCGUCUCUGCGGGGGGGGUGGGGGGGGGCUCUGUCUAUGCCUUACGUGUCCCCUCAGAGGGUAAGCCCGGGGCCGCCGCCCACCGCACUCCUCCCUUUUCUGGAAUCGGGGGCGGCCCUUCCGGUGUAUCGUCCCCCGCGAGAGACUCUAGGCCGGCUCCGGGGAGCAGGGGCCUCGAGACGAUGUGCCGACACGCCUGCCUUUCCGGCUGUUUAUUCCGAGGUGGCUUUGCCAUUCCUUCCCCUGCAGCUGCAGCGACCCGCGGGUCUUUAUCGAGGUGGUGGUCUUGGGGUAGAACCCUUUUCUUUUGCUACUUAAUAGAAGACUUUCGUUUUGACCAGGUCUGUGGCUUCCAUCAGCAAUAUGUUUCCUUCCCCCAGUACGCGAUACCAGCUUUAUUUGCUCAAUUUUGUGAGUGCUUUUGAAUUUAGAUGAUUGUAUGAUUCGAGAUCACUUUUUUAUCUUGCUCAAGCUGUGCCUGCGAACUCGUAAUUUAAUAAAUGUGGGAAACCCUCA